AUGCUAGAGGCCCAGGAACCUGUCGCGUGCAUGAUGCGCCAGUGCCUCCCAGCAGACACAUCAGUGGCUGGCGGCAUUGGAGGACAAAGGCUCUGCUACACCCUGGCCAAAGGGAAAGAGGCUUUCGCCAGAUGCUACGAUCCCGCCUUCCCUGCCUGCAGCCCUUGCCAGACCUCACCUCCGUGCGAAAGCUUCUGUGAGGCAGAAGUCUUCAUCGAGCAGCCACUUGGUUCCAUGUGCCACCUGGACAACGAGUGUGGAGGGGACCCCUUGGCUGCCUGCCACCUCGGCGUUUGCCGUCGCGUCCUCUGGGCCGGCCAGAAGUGUGAGAACGAAGAUGGGCACAAUGUGUGCAUCUAUGGAGGAGAACGAUGCGUCAACGGCCGCUGUGUGGGCUUUGGCACCAACGUUGCUUGUUGGGAUGGGUAUCAAGAAGGACGCGACCUGGAUUGUCAAAAGGGAUGGUACUGUCUGAGGGCCGUUUGCGUGCCCCAGCUCCCGCGCGAACACAGCUGUCGGGGAGAGCAUCCGCACGAGUGCCUGCAGGGCCACCUAUGCAACCUGGCCGCGGCGAGACCCCAGUGCGUCGCCGAGUAUUCCCUCGAGCCCGGGGUGGCCAGCAGUGAUCGCCGACUCUGCAAGUCGUCACAUCUGGACACGCGAACAAUGGAGUGCGCAGAGGUGCCUCUGUACGACAGCAGCGGUGGUGAGUGCAUGUCAGCGGCCGCCUGUGUUCGUGCAGAUGGCACAACAGGCGAGUGCAAGUGCAAACGCUGGUGGGACGGCGUCAGCUUGCCGGGCUACUGCGAGCUGCUCGUCCCCGAUUUGCAGCAGCCCUCUUCGGCUGAGUUCCGGCGCUAUGCCUUGCAAGGGUGCCAUCACGAUUGGCCUGAAGCAAGAUGUGCCGCGGAGCUUGACAAGCUGGGUCUGCUGGAGCUGGACGGGCGCCAAGGCAGUGAAGAUGCAGAGUUGGAAGCCAUCGUCGGAGAGAGGACGCUGGAGUUCGGCAUCGUGGUCUCGCAGUGGGCUUCCAAAGUCUGCAAAGUGCGCUGCGUGGUCUCCACCACGAAGGCAGGCGAUGACUGGCAGCGGGUACUUGGGAAGGGCACUCGAGUGCCCAUGCACAGGUUCGAGUGCAUGUUGGCCUUGCCAAGACAUGUCCGAGGCAUCGUUCGCGGUAGCUUCGAAAAGAAGUUCACGGGUGGAUUCAUGGCAGCGGUACUGUUUUAUCGCUGCUUCCAAGCUGCCGUAUCGGCCGUGAAUGUGCAGCGGCAAGAAGAGAAAAAAGGGAUCGCGCGCCACGAGGCUCUGGAGACUCAAGGCUGUGUGGCAGGAGGGGAUGGCUCGCCGGAGAAGGACUGGCAGAUCCGAAAGCGAGGCCGGCGUGGCCUCAAGGCAGAACUCCAACGUGCCAUGGAGGGCUCGGACAGCGAGGACGAAGGCCAGGCAGCCAAGGCUGCAAAGCUGGACGCCUUCGUGGCCCCCGAGGCCUCCGACCACAGUCAUUCCAAGUGGUCGAAGCCCCACAUUGCAGCAGGGAUCGAGAAGUUGGAGCUGAACUGGGCGGCAAAGCCAAGACUCCCGGAGGAGGGCGCCAGCCCCGAUGGGGAGGCGGAGAAGCCCAGGCCUCAGGAGGAGGGCGCAAGCCCCGGUGAGGAGGCGCCCAAGAAGCGCCGGCAGCGCAAGGCGGAGAAGCCAAGUCUCCAGGAGGACGCCCUAAGCCCCGACGAGGAGGCGCCCAGGAAGCGCCGGCAGCGCAAGGCAGUCCCAGACGAAGCCGAUGACGACCAGUCGCAGGGCCCUGGCCGCGCCCGCGCGCAGAAGGGGCCGAAGCGAGCCAGGCCGAAGGCGGAGGCAAAGCCAGAAUUUGGCGAUGAGGAGGAACCUGAUGAAGAGUCCGUAGCUGCUUGGAGACGGCUCCUGGCCGAGCGCGCCGGCGGCGACGACCUGCGCCUGGCCUUCGCGCUGCGGCCGAUGGCAUGUCAGGAGUUGCGCCAGCUUGGUCCAGAAAGAUACCUUGGCAAGAAGAAGGAGCCAGGGGCGCAGCCACUCUUCAACAAUGAGGGGAAGGUGAACCUUCAGUUCCUACUAGCCAGCUACAAGGCCUCAGAGAAGCGCCGUGCUGAGGACAAGGACGCGGCGAGCCCACACCACCCGUUCCUUCUUUGGCUGGUGAAGCAGGCGCGCGCGCUACGGCUCCUGAGCAGGCAAGAGGUGCGCCGCGGGCAGAUCCCAAACAAGCGUCUGGACCAGGCGAAGAGCAGUGGCUACAGCCUCGCGGAUGAAGCCAACUUGGUGCAGGCUUCCGACGAAGAAAAAGAUCGCCGGAAAGACGCCGAUGAGCGCGAGAAGGCGGGCUUGGACGCUCUGCCCCGCGAAGUUCACUUCCCGGAGAGGUCGACAAGUCAGUUCGAGCUCGCGGAGUCCUCCGAGAGACUGCGGCAGCAGUUGCGGAGCCAGGCCGAGAGGAGAAAGGAGAAAAUCAAAGCCCAUUCCAGCAAUGGCCAAGACCUUCAGUCUAUGUCAUCAAUUCUCAGUGCGCCGUCGUUGUCAUUCGACUGGGUCGAGCCUGAGUCGGAUGAGGAGACCAAUCCACAUGGCAUCCUCCAGGUUGACCUGCCUCCCAGCGCCAAGAGCUCCGACUCCAAGCGUGCGUUGCUUCGCGAGACCAUCCAGCGCUCCAUGUCCUUCAAGCAGGCUGAGGUCCUCACUUCCAAGGCGACUCGAGCUCUGACUUCGGCGUCCCUGUCGGCCUCCAGCACCAAGUCUGCGCCGCUUGCCGAGGCAAACAAGCUGGCGGAGAAGAUGGCCGACAAACUGGCCAAAGCGAAGAAGUCCAGGGAAGGCCCCGAGGCGCAGGGACAUCCUGACGAGGGAGAGGGCGCUGCAGCUGAAGUCACGGCUUCAGCAGCUGAAGCCACGGCUUCAGGCAGCACUGCUUCGGCCCAGCCGGAGCCGCCAGCGCAGCCAGCGCAGCCAGCGCCGCCAGCUCCAGAAGUGCCCGUUGAAGGCGCAGCGCAUCCACAAGUGGCAGACCCAGUAGACACCGAGGUGGGCCCUGUCCCCAGCGAGGAAGGAGGAGUGCCCGAAGCGAAGGGCAUUCCUUUGGCCGAGCAGGGCCACGAUCACAGAGAAGAACCUCAACGAGACCAGACGGAAGGGGACCUGGACAUCAGCGCCACGAUGCCCUUUGAAGUCGUGCUCGAUGCUGCAGACAGAGGACCAGGGGAGGCGCCUGCAGAUGCAGAUGCAGAACUCUCCGCCACCCUCCCCUUCGAAGUUGUGCUCGGUGAUGCGGAGGCCACCGAGCAGACCGCCGCGAAGGUGGUGGAGGCGCAGGCCCCUGAGGAGGAACCGCAGGCGAAGGCCACCGCUUUGGAGGAGUCCUGGGAUGCCACGCAGGAGGCGCCAAGCAGCGAGGAGGCGGACGAGGCCGACUUGACAAUGGCCCAGCGCCGGGAGCGCGCUUGGCUGCGCCACGUACGUAAGAAACGGCGAGAGGAGGAGGACAAAGAAAACAAGCUGCUGAAGUCCAAGGCGGCAAAGGCUGGCCGCGGCAAAAUGGCUCACUCCAUGGAGGAGGAAGACGACGACCUCUUCCUUGGCAAUCGGACGAACAGGCAGCGUUCUGACAGAAAGAGGCCGGCUCUUUUGCUGGGCCUGCGCGGCAUUGCUUGA